CAACGAUUGUUGACGAAUUUUAUUUGGUCAUUCUGCCUAUUAUUUCGUUGUAUUCUUUUCUUUUACUGAUAUUUAGCGACCCCUAAUCGACCCAUUGGUGGUAAAUUUCGUAAAGAAGAAAAGAAAGCAGUCUCAAGAUUUACACAAUGGGUGAUUCCCAGGAUCAGAACGAGCCCCCGAAGGACCCAAAAGAGUUGGAGAAGCUAGAAGAGGCCAAGCUGAAGGCGAAGUUCCCAAAUGCCAUGCUGGGACGUGGCCCGGGGGGACACUCAGCAUUCUUGCAGAAAAGGCUCGCUAAAGGACAAAAGUUCUUCGACUCUGGCGACUACCAGAUGGCCAAGCAGCGGCCCAGCAACCUCGCAGCGCCCUUCAAGGCGCCGGCCGCGCCCGCCAAGCAGCCGACGGGCGACGCCAUCCCCACGCCCGAGACCGUGCCGGUGCGCAAGACCUCCAUCAUCCAGCCCAAGUUCCAGCCCUCCAGCCAGACCUCCUAGCCCGCCGUUAAGUGACUCCAUUCUGUUUGCUAGCCUGCCCAGACGAGAAGGGACAUUUUGAGGGCUUUCUUGUAUACAAACAUAUGAUCUUCAUUUUACUUCACUACUUUGAUAGGCUCAACUACCGCUUAAAGGUUUUUGUGUUCUUGAAAACCUGAGUAUUGAAAGUAACUUUAUUAACUUCAUUCUUGCUGCUUGUCAAAAAGGAAGCAGCAUUUUUUACUCUUAAAGUUUGUUGAAGUGACUCAACAGUGAAGCCAUAACACACAAAUUUGAACGAAAGAUUCUCCUAUCAGUCUGGGUAGGUUCUAAUAGUUAUCAAGAGUGUUCCUCAAAAAUUCUUGUCCAAUCUCAAUGUAGAAACAGUCUUGAUAAUAAUGAUAACAAUUUAUAUUUGCUUUUCUAGAUGUAGAAUAUACAAAUGGUGACUGCACUGUAUUCAAUGAUUGCCAAACCCUGCAAGCAUAAGAGAGAUAUUUUGUCACGCUAUACCACUUUACUUUGCCAAGGCUAAUGCAUUGAAUUUUCAUAUAAGCACCAUUUGUCCAGGGUCUGAUUAUUCAGGUUGGGACCUAAGCCUUUAGGGCGAAGUCCGAACCUGAAAUUGUUCAGACUCUAAUUUUAUGUUGUGUGAAACAUCACGUUAAUUAAGUAUGAAAGGUUGCCAGAUCCUGGAGUGACAACUAAACUAGCUGAUAG